AUGUCAACGCCACCGCUGGACGGUCAUUCAAACUGGCGCCGCGGCGAACUACCUCGCGGUGACAGUGGGCGGCAUAUCUGGGAUCACUCUCCUUCCAAGUCUUCGGAUGGCAGUAGCAGCCCCAGCCGCGCCGUGGCUCUCUUUCCCGCUCGCCCAGCCCUACAUUCUGCCUUUCCCAUCGUCGAAUCUGCCGACAGCUCCAGUGAAGUAGGCGAUGGCAAGGCAGACGAUGAGGGUAGUGAGAGAUCGACUUUGGAUUGGAGCCAGGACUCGGUGCAGCCUUCUAGCGGCCCUCACACGCCGUCUGCGCAGCGCUUGGCCGCUACUUCUCGUGGUCAAUUCGACUGGAAACCCACGAUGAACCAGUUCUCGGAGAAGCUCAGGCGCGACCAGAAUAACAUCAAGUUCUUCGACGAGGAAACGCCUGAGGCCGCAGGAAUCCUGAAGCUGGUGGAAGACGAUGAUGACGAGUUGAUGAAGAGUCAAAGGGACGAUACGAGGCGCCGUUCGCCCCAGCGUGGACCGCACAACUCGGACGCGACCAAACGGCGCCCGGCUGACCCGGCAGGGGAGCGCGUUCCAAGUGUACCUUUGUCACGCGAUGCCUUCCCUGCACACCUGGGCUCAAACCAACAAGCCGCGCCUCCUCAGCCUGUGAGGAUACCGACAUCAAUCACCGAGUCCAUUGCGCACACAAACUUGUCAAGGGCAACUCAGCCGCCUCACGUCCCUAGGUCCAUUACGGAUGUCAUGGCUCGCCCCAAGAGUUCCGCACGGGCCUCGGUUCCAGCAAGCAUCACGGACCAGUUCGUCAGUCCUGUCCAGCGUAUGUCGCUUCCGCCGCAAGCAUUCAGCAUGACUAUCGCGGAGCUUGUCGCGCUCGCUCGGCAGGCCCUCCCGCCUGCGUCUGACCCGUCGUCGCCGCCCGUCCAGUCCCCUCCCCUGCCGGUGCAACCCGUCGUUCCGACAUCGAUUACUCAGCUUCUGCCGAACCAGCCGCCCGUACCUACAUCCAUCACGGAUCUCUUCGCACGUAGUCCAGGCUCACCUGCGGGCAACUCCGCGGCAUCCGGCCUGUCAAGCGAUGCAUGGUCACCUUUCAACUCUAGUCCUGGAACACGUAGCCCCAGUAGUCUUGCAUCUUCCCUGUCUUCCUCGUCGCCGCCACCUUCCUUCGCAGGCUAUCCUACCGUAACGACCAACACGAUCCAGAACCGCUUGUCUUCCCCAAACAUGUAUAAUUCUCGACCCUCUGCCACCACCUCAUCGAAAGGUCCCAUCGCUCAACAAGCGUACAAUUGGGGUCCCGUUUCCCCGCCGUCACGCCCUACGUAUGUCAACGCCGGACCCAUUCCCCCAAUUGGUCUACUACCUGAUGCCAUCCCGCGUUCGAUGAACGGGGCUGGUCGGCACCAUGCCGGCGCGUACGCACAGUGGCCUGGCUCCCAGUAUUCCGUGCCUCGCAACUGA